GGGCGGGGCCGGGCGGGGCGAGCGCCGCAGCGGGACCAGUCGGCAGCUCCUGCAUCCCGGCCGCCAGCAUCCUCCGCACCGGGCCCGCACCCCCGCGGCCCCGGCCUCGGCGGGGCCAUGGCCGAGAUCACCAGUGUCCACCCCGGCUUCGAUGUGUCCCCCGUGGUGGCAGGACUCAUUGGAGCCACCGUGCUCGUGGUUUCCGUCUCAGUCACAGUCUUUGUGUGGACAUGCUGUCACCAGCAAGCAGAAAAGAAGCACAAAACCCCCCCUUACAAAUUCAUCCACAUGCUGAAAGGCAUCAGCAUCUACCCGGAGACCUUGAGCAACAAGAAGAAAAUCAACCGGAUCCGGAGAGACAAGAGCGGCACGGCCAAGGAGGGGGGCAGCAGGGGCAACCUCCUGGUGGAUGCUGCUGAGGCUGGCUUGGCGGGCCCCAGCAAGGCUCCAGAUGGACCCCCCCAGGUGGAGCAGCUCCCCAUCAAAGUGGAUUAUGGAGAUGAACUCAGCCCAGAUCAAAGCCUCACUCCGGGAGGGAGCAAAACCUCCUCUCCCUCUUCUCCGGGCGACGACGUCAUGCUGGGAGACCUGACUUUCUCAGUGGACUACAACUUCCCCAAAAAGGCCCUGGUGGUCACCAUCCAGGAGGCCCACGGGCUGCCUGUGAUGGACGAGCACACCCAGAGCUCCGACCCCUACAUCAAGAUGACAAUUCUGCCCGACAAGAGGCACCGCGUCAAGACCCGCGUGCUCCGCAAGACCCUGGAGCCCGUUUUCGACGAGACCUUCACCUUUUAUGGGAUCCCCUACAGCCAGCUGCAGGACCUGGUGCUGCACUUCCUGGUGCUCAGCUUCGACCGCUUCUCCCGGGAUGAUGUGAUUGGGGAGGUGAUGGUGCCCCUGGCAGGGGUGGAUCCCAGCACGGGCAAGGUGCAGCUCACCAGGGAGAUCCUCAAAAGGAACAUACAAAAGUGCAUCAGCAGAGGGGAGCUGCAGGUGUCCCUGUCCUACCAGCCCGUGGCACAGAGGAUGACCGUGGUGGUGCUGAAGGCCAGGCAUUUGCCAAAGAUGGACAUCACUGGCCUCUCAGGUAACCCCUACGUCAAGGUGAACGUUUACUACGGCCGCAAGCGCAUCGCCAAGAAGAAAACCCACGUGAAGAAAUGCACUUUGAACCCCGUGUUCAACGAGUCCUUCAGCUACGACAUCCCGGCGGAUCUGCUGCCCGACGUCAGCAUCGAGUUCCUGGUGAUCGAUUUCGAGCGCACCACCAAGAACGAGGUGGUGGGGCGGCUGAUCCUGGGCGCGCACAGCGCCAGCGCCGCGGGCUCCGAGCACUGGCACCAGGUGUGCGACAGCCCCGGCAAGGCCGUGGCCAAGUGGCACAGCCUGAGCGAGUACUAAACCCGGGCUUAGGCCCCGCCUAGGACGCGCUCCAAGCUUGGUUUAGCGCUAGGACUAAAGUCGAGUUGAGAAGCAGCAGCUGGUUGGUUGUCUUUAGUUGAUGUGGGUUUUUGCAGGGUACUGAAAUGGUUAAGAAGCGGGGUGUAAAUGAGAAGGAACGAUGAAAAAAAAAUAAAGUUUCUCUUUAGUUAAAGUGGGUUUUGCAAGGUACUAAAAAUGCUAAAAAAAAACGGGGAAUAAAUUCUACAAAAAACAAAGGGGAAUAAAUUCUACAAAAAAAAAAAAGGAAUAAAUUAGAAGAAAUUAUUUAAAAAAUAAGUUCUCUUUAGGUGAUGCGGUUUUGCAAAGCACUAAAAAAAGGGGGAAUAAAUUAUAAGAAAUUAAUUAUUAAAAAAAUAAAUUCUCUUUAGGUGAUGCGGUUUUGCAAAGCACUAAAAAACUAAAAAAAAGGGAAUAAAUUAUAAGAAAUUAAUUAUUUAAAAAAUUCUCUUUAGGUGAUGCUGUUUUGCAAAGCACUAAAAAACUAAAAAAAAAAGGGGAAUAAAUUAUAAGAAAUUAAUUAUUAAAAAAAUAAGUUCUCUUUAGGUGAUGCGGUUUUGUAAAGCACUAAAAAACUAAAAAAAAAAGGGAAUAAAGGAGAAGAAAUAAUUUAAAAAUAAAAGUUCUCUUUAGUUAAUGCGGUUUUUGCAGGGCACUAAAAUAGUAAAAAAAUGGGGAAUAAAUGAGAAGAAAUAAUUUAAAAAAAUAGGUUCUCUUUAGUUAACGUGGUUUUUGCAAGGCACUAAAAUCGUAAAAUUGGGGAAUAAAUUAUGAGAAAGAAAUAAUUAAAAAAAUAAAUUCUUUUACGUUGAUGCGGUUUUUGCAAAGCACUAAAAUCCUAAAAAAAUGGGGAAUAAAUUCUACAAAAAAUAAAAUAAGAUGGGAAAUAAAUGAUAAGAAAAAUAAUUUUUAAAAAAAAGGUUCUCUUUAGUUGAUGUGGUUUUUGCAGGGCACUAAAAUCCUAAAAAAUUGAGGAAUCAAUUCUACAAAAAUAAAAUAAGAUUGGGAAUAAAUGAUAAGAAAAAAAAUAAUAAUUAUAAAAGGUUCUCUUUAGUUGAUGUGGUUUUUGCAGGGCACUAAAAUCCAAAAAAAAUGGGGACCAAAUUAGAAGAAAGAAAUAAUAAAAAAAAAAAAAAUUUCUUUAGUUGAUGUGUUUUUUGCAAGGCACUAAAAUCCGAAAAAAAAUGGGGAAUAAAUGAUAAGAAAGAAAUAAUUCAAAGAAAAAGUUCUCUUUAGUUGAUGUGGUUUUGCAAGGCACUAAAAUUCUACAAAAAAAAAUAAAAUAAGAUGGGGAAUAAAUGAUAAGAAAGAAAUAACAACAAAAAACAAAGUUCUCUUUAGUUGAUGUGGUUCUUGCAGGGCACUAAAAUCCUAAAAAAAACGGGGAAUAAAUGAGGAGAAAGAAAAGAAAUAAAAACAAAAGGUACCACGAAAAUAUAUAUACCAGUGUAAUCACGCUAUUGCAUGCCUACUACAAACUGAAAUUAGUAUAACUGCCAAUAUCAAGUUGCAGGUUUUAAUACAAUUAAUUAUCUGUCACUAUGGAAGUUGUGUUUGUGCCGAGCUGUCUUUGCUGGUAUUCACCAAGACUGGCCUGUCUUCAUGAGGCUUCUCCCAAAGUUUCUCAAUUCUGCUGUUGAAUUCCUCGAGUUUCUUGUUAGUUUUGCCUGCCCAUUGGUUCUUGCAGUUCUGUUCUGUGCUGGUUUGGGAGUCCCAACCACGUUUCCAUGUAGAGCUGGGUUAGAAUUCUGCACUGGCACAAAAGGAAAAUACAGGGAAAAUGGCACUGGCCUCCAGAGAAGAAAUCAUUCCGUGUCAGGCACUGAAAUCUUUGUCCUUGUGAUGUUCCUGGGGGAGCUGUGGGGUCACCACACCCCAGGUUGGACUGGAAAAUCCAAACCCCACCAAAGUGAUCCCGUUGCUUUUGCCACGUGGGGGUGACACAGGAUGCAGGAAUUGGGGAAAUCCUGCUCGGUUUGAUUUGAUUUAAUCCUCUCUGUGCAUUGAAUCCUGCUCCGUUUCUUUUAUUUAAUCCUCUCUUUUCUCCAAGAAAACCCAAACACCGAUGUGUCGUUGAUUGGUAAGGAAACUUUUAAACAUUUCACAGCAAAUUCUGAUCCUUUCUGUUUAAUGGCAGCACAAAGCUGAGCUCAGCAAAGGUCCUGGAGGCAGAGCUUGUCCAUGACAAGGUGACAAAUCUUCUUUUCAUCCAUGCUGGGGUCAGUUUGUGUCAGAAAUGAUCCUGCAGCUCCCAAAACAGGGCAAAGCCUGGCACUCAAAACGGGCCAGACCUUGGAGUUUGGGAGAAUCCUGCAAUCCUGAUUUCAGACUCUGGGAAUCACCUGCAAGGGGAGGAAUUCCCUGACCAGAGGGACUUGAGGCUGUUUUAACCCUGCAGGAAUUUGGAACAGGAGCUGAUGAAGUUUGGCUGUGCUCACACAGCCCUGGAGCCGCCUGUGGAUGCAAGCAGAGCAUCCUGGAUUUGGGAAUUCUGCUCACAGCCCAGCCAGGGCACAGAUCAAGGUGAUAUCUGGCAGCAAAUCAUUCAUGGUAAUUGGUGAAUUAUAAAGAAUUAGAAUUAAAAUUAUACAAAUAAUUAGCAUUAAAAUUGUUCCUGGGCUCUGGAGAAGCAGAAUUGGGUUUACAAAGAGGCUCCUCUCGACAGCCCCAGGUUUUCAGGAAAGGAAAUUCAAACAUUUUCAAAUCUUUGGUUGCUCCCAGGCAGCCAGACUGCUCUGAGCCCUCUGGGAUGCAAAUAGAAAUGCAAAUUACAGAUGAAAUUUAAAAAAAAAAAAAUUAAGAUCAUUUAACUACUUACAGGACUCAGCUGCUGAAUUUUAGAUCCCUGUUGGGAAAAUGAUUUUUUUCACCUUCUCUGCCCUGAAAUGGGAAUAACUGAGCCAGGCUCUCGUGGCUCCCCAGGGAGCAGCAGCACUUUUGUCAGCUGCCGCCGCUCUGGCAUCUCUCCCGAAGGCAUUCGGUUUGGAAAGCUGAAUUUUUCUCAUGUUGUGAGUCUCCCCCCAGGCUGUGGCUCCAUUUCCCAGCAAACACAAACGUGGAUUUUCCCCCUUCGCCAUCCCCACGAGCAGGAUUUCUGCCUGAGGCUGCAGUGGAUUUUAUCAGUGUCUUAAACUCUUUUCUAGCUCGAGCUCUGUGGCUCAGAGAACGAGUCCCCCCCCCUUUGGAAAUUGCUGUAAAUCUCUUUCAAUCCUGAUUUUUUUGCACUAAGCAAUUGUGUUGCUGCGAUUCAAGCAACUUUUCACCACUUUUCCUCAGAACAUGCUUUCCAACACCACUCCAAAGAUGCGACCAGGACUAAAAGCAGCAACAAAAUUCCCUUCUCCCUUUGGUGUGAAAAGCAUGACUAAGCCUAGAUGAUCUUAAGAUUCCUUUAGUUGAAAGGAAAAAAAUGAAUUUCUUGUCAAGGAAACAUGCUCAGGGUAAAUAGACUUAGGCUGUCGGGCAGGUAGGAGUAGCUCCAACACUCUUCUGGAAUAAUAGGAAACUGAAAAUGUGCAGAUAUAUAUAUUUUUAAAACAUAAAAUAGACAGUAAGUGACAGCAGACUCACUGUAAAAUCUCCCAGGUGUGGUUAUUCUUUACCUUGUGUCUUCUAUUGUAAAAUGAACUUGGACAGUUACAACUUUGUGUGGAAAAAAAUAAAUAAUAAUAAUAAUAAUAAAAAAAAAAAGAAUAAAAGGCAAAAAAACCUAACUCAACCUGUGUGAAACUGCAUAAUGCUAUAAGCUAACCUACAUUCUGUAAUGCUACCUUGUAUGUUGAAUUUGUUAAGGCACAUUGAGCGUGCAAAUAAAAAUUAAAUCACUUUAA